AAGCAGGCGCAGGACCCUUGAGAAGCAGUACUGCUCACCUCCCUCGAUAGAUAUUAUCACUCAUUUUGAGCAUUUUACGUGAUUUUUUGUAAAUUGACCGAGGUGGACGGAGAAUCCUUUUCGUUUUCACUGUUUAAGUAAUUUCUUCGCGCCAUCUUGUAAAUACGGAAAAAAGCACUAGCACACAACGAGAGAAGAGCCAUGCUGUCGCUGAACCGAUUCCGAUUAGCGAUGUCCGUCUUCCUCGUCGUGCUUUCCGUCUUCGGGACAGUUUCAACGGCUGCUUCACCACGCUCCCGUUCCGGUGACUUUUUCGAUCUUCAUUUCAUCGACGGAGCGCAAUACCCGCUCGCCCGUUGUCUGGACGGGUCUUUGCCGUAUUUUUACAUCUCCAGACCAGCGGUGGAUGAAAAAUCAUUGGCACCAGCAGCAUCUGCGGGAGCAGCUCCUGCAAGACCAGUCGCUGAUACAACAACCGACAAGAAGAGAAAUUUCAUUUUCUACCUCGAGGGCGGCGCGUGGUGCGAGUCGGUGGAAGAUUGCGUCGCGCGGUCGGAAACGUACCUGGGCUCCGGAAAAUUUCUUCCGGAAAAACACGAGAACGUGUUCUUCCCCGCCAGAACUUCGGGCAUCAUCCCCUACCUGGACAGCGACUGCGAGGAAGUAAAUCCGGAGUUUUGCGAGUUCACAAAAGUGAUCAUUCACUACUGCGACGGAAACAGCUUCACCGGCCAGCGGAAAGAUGUGGUGGAAAUCGCCGAAGAUGGUGAAGAUGCAGGAGAAGUUAUGAUGACAUCAAAAUUAUCGUCCACUUCUGCUGAUGUGAAAAGGAAAACUACAAAAGUGCUAGUAGAUCAGCACAAACUAGCCUCCGCUCGGGCGAUUUACAAAAACCUGCAGCAAGAGUACAGAGGGUACGCGAAGGCACUUAUUAAGAGGAAAAAUCCCCCCUCCCCAUAUCGAAAAGGUAUCUUUCCGGAAAUUUGUGUUGCUGAUUUGCGACCUCAAAUCACGUCUGUCUUGCAAGAAGGCAACUCCACAAGCUCCGAAGCAUUGUGCAGGCGGUUUGUGAUGCUGAUGGGCCUACAGCGCGGACGUUUCUCAUACUAGACGCCUAGGCCAGAGCCUCUCUACUUUGGCUUAGUAUGGGGCUGCAUUCGUCUCCAGCAAGACAAAUCUUAUUUGUGUACGCAAAUCCUGCGUCAGAAGCUUCGUUUUGAUAUGGGGAGGGGGGAUUUUUCCUUUUGAUAGCACUCGGCGGCUUAGUGAAGCUGAAUCCUUCCGUCGACGGCGAGAGUGAUGUUAUUGGGGAAGCAGAACAGACACAGAAUCGUGAAAGAAAAGGAAAAAUAAAGCUCUACUUCCGCGGUCGCUACAUCCUGGACGCUGUGAUUGAAUCGGUGCUCACGACACUGUCCGCUCCUCCGUCGGCCCCGAAAGGAAUGAGCAGCGAAGUUGUUUUGCCUCCCGUCCAACCGCCAAAUAGUACAACAAAUGCUAAUAUCGGCAGCGUCCUCCUUGCCGGUUGUUCUGCCGGGGGUUUAGCAGUUUUGUUGCAUGCGGAUCGAGUGAAGGAGAAGUUUUUUAAUAACUUGGAAAUCAAGUUCCGGGCAGCGAGUUUUUCCGGGUGGUUUAUGGACGUGCAGACUGUGUUUCCGAAGCAAUUGGAAGAUCCAGAUUCUUCGGAAAACAAGAACAAGCCUCCAACUACCCCGCUCGUCCAGAAACAAGCGACCGCUGCGGUUUUGUUACACGACUCGUUUCUCCCGGGGAAUUGUGUGGAAGCGCAGAGGAGGAAGGGAAGAGAUCCAAAUCGGUGCAUUUUCGCCGCAAUAGCCUAUCCGGAAACGGAGAGUACGAUCUUCGUUCAAAAUUCCGCCGUCGAUGCGUACCAGAUCGAGGACAUCUUGACGCAGACCGACACGCUCUUCGGAGUGUAUGCGAUUGCAAAUACGUCCAGGUCUGGAAUAAACAAGUUGUGAUGCUAUGAAACGAAUGAAAAACCGACUCCAGUUGUACGCGGCCACGUAUAGGAAAUUUCUGGGCGGUAGUUCUGUGGUCGUAACUCGCAAGAGAAGUCAUGUUUUAGUUUUUGCAUGAGAAAUCAUGCCUGCUGCACUCUUCCAUAAUUAAAAAAUCAUACAUUUUCGGGUACCAGGCGGGUUCAGCAUGACAAGUUUUCCAGACCCAGACAUUUAUUUGCAAUUGAUAGACUGUCAAGCCCUACGACGGAGACGAAAACAACUACUUCCGUCUUCACCUCCUGGGCCCUCUGCACGAAAGAUUUGGAGUACUGCGAUGCGGCAAAGAUGACGGUCCUCCGGGAGUUCGAGACUGCUCUGGUGAAAAGUGUGGUGCAUGCGUUUGGCCUGAAGGAAAAAAGACUGAAAAAUAGAGACAAAGCUGAUAAAAGCACUACAUUCAUUUUCUCCGACGUCUUUUUCCUCGACAGCUGCCUGCGCCACUGCGAAAGUGAGACGCUGCCUCUUUGGAUGAACGUGAAACUUGGCGCGGAACAAGAACAUCAAAUGCAGGAUGACUCCAGUUCAACACCUUCUGUGCAACAAAACAAAAACACCGCAAAUUAUUAUUUUUCCCUGCAACAGAGCAUGAGCAAUUGGUGGAGAGGACAGGGAGUCGGAACUUUUGAAACUAUCGGGACCACAACAUUUUCGGUGAGCCAAAACAGUCAAUAUCCAUUCCACGUGCUGCCCUGCCUUGUGAGCAACACGACGCGACCGCGGCAGUGCGACAGACAGUGCUACGACGGUGUCUCAACAGGAAACGGGAGGGAAAUCUUCUCCGAUGACGCACCACAAGUGUUGGAUGUUUUGCGCUGGUUAUUUUUUGGUGGACACGACUUUUUCUGGGGGUGAUUUGAAACUCUACGUAAUUUGUACGCGGCAAGCACAGAGGCCAAAUGCCGAGGAACGAAGUAAAGACGGGAAGUUCUCAUAAGCAAUAGCACUUCGUGCAACGAGAAGUUGGCC